AUGCGCUUCCUUACCUCCACCGUCGCAGGCCUUUCCUGUAUCACAUCACUUGUCUCGGCCACUGCUCUCACUUAUAAACUCGCCGCCAACGAGAAGGCAUGCUUCUUUGAGGACAUAGACAAGCUCAACAGCAAGGUUGCUUUCUACUUCGCUGUUCAAUCUGGCGGCUCCUUCGAUGUCGACUACUCCGUCAUCGGUCCUCAAGACAAGCAAGUCCUGUCCGGCGAGAAAGAGCGACAAGGCGACUAUGUCUUUACCGCACAAAUAGCAGGCCAAUACUCCUUUUGCUUCUCCAACACAAUGUCCACAUUCGCCGACAAGUACGUCGACUUUGAGAUCUCAGUCGAGGGAUCAGAAUCAUCCUCGGGCUCAGCACUGCUACCACAGCGGUCUGGCGCCCCAGCAGAAACACACGAUCAGUUGGAGGAUUUGGUGUUCAAGGUCUCGGGGCAAUUGAGCACGGUGAACCGCAUGCAGAAAUAUUUCAGAACAAGAGAGAAUCGGAACUUCAGUACGGUCAGGUCGACCGAGAAGAGAAUAUUUCAGUUCAGCUUGAUCGAGGUGAUGAUGAUGGUGGGCAUGGCUGUAUUGCAGGUCUUGGUAGUGAGGUUCUUCUUCCAGGGUGCACGGAAAGGAUACGUAUGA